UCGCCUCAGUAAAGAGCAAUUUUGUUCUUAAUAGAAAUAAAACAGUAUGCAAAGUCCGGAGAUACGACGGGAACGUGUAUCAAUAGACGGAUCAUAUGUAUCAUGGAAACAUGGAAAUUUCUUACCCAAUAGUUUACAAGGACAAAGUUUUUUAGGGUCAGGAGGAAAUUCAAUGGAAACAGAAGAAGGAUUGGGAUGUGAAGAGUAUUUAUGUCCCCGAUUGGAGAUAUCGUUUUGCAAGGAUUUUAAUUGUUGUGGAGUGGUAUUACGUGAUUUGCAUGAUUUAUGCCGACAUUAUGAGGAGGCGCAUGUACGGUUAGAAGAAGAGGGGUUAUUUGUAUCAUCAGGAGCGAGAUUUGCGAAUUCGGCGUUUGCAUGCCGAAUGGGAUGGGAUGGCAAGCCUAGAUUGGAUCUGUAUGAAUCGUCGAAUGGGGAUAUGGAUUUAGAUCAAGAAUUUGCGUUUGAUCAUCUUUUUCAGUCAUUAUCGGAGUCGGAUAAACAAGAACAAAAUUUAGCGCCAUUAUCGGUGUCUACGCGGGAUUUCUUACUUUCAUCGUCGAAUAUAUCGACGCCGUCGUCAUCUAUGCCAUCAACGCCUACAUUUGAUUCAUCACAAGAGUUUUUAGUAUUAGAUAUGGAUGAUACGGAGACGGUAGUUUUGAAUGGAUCAUCAUUAUUAGCGGAAGAAUGGGUAAAGCAACAAAUGGUGAAAAAGCAGCGUCAGCAUGGAGUAACCUUGUCUGAUGCGGAAAGUCGAGCUACGAUUGAUUCCCCAGGGUCUAAUUUUGUUGUUGUUGAUAAGCCAUAUAAGUGUCCCGUUAUGGGUUGUGAUAAGGCCUAUAAAAAUCAAAAUGGUCUAAAAUAUCAUAAACUUCAUGGACAUUGUACAGCAUCUGUAAUGCUUCAGGAUACUACGGUUCCUGUGGCAUUUUCAGAUGAAGCGGUGGUUUCAAGUCCUAAAGGCAAUCCUGUCGUUGAAAAUAAGCCGUAUAAAUGUGAAUUAUGUAAUAAAAGAUACAAAAAUCUUAAUGGGUUGAAAUAUCAUAAGGCUCAUUCGCAUCAGCAAAUUAGUAUGGCGCAAAUUCAGAGAGAGGUUUUAAUGCAAGGUUGGUAAUUAUAAGGGGCUUGAUUGCAAGUGUUUUUUUUGGGUUACAUUUCUUUCUUU